UCUUUACGUUCCUCCAUAUUGGCUUUCUUUCCCGAGAAAGCCAUUUUGAGGUGAGGUGUUUGUUAGACGUAGAAGCACUGAAAGAGGAGCUUUAAUAAGGACUGAGUUCCGUACAAAACAUGAAAAUGAAGACAGAAGUGGAUAACGACGAUAAAGGGAAACUGUUCGUUGGUGGUUUGAGCUGGGAAACAACACAAGAGAAUCUCCAGAGGUACUUCUCACGUUAUGGGGAAGUGAUUGAUUGUGUUGUUAUGAAAAACAGUGAAUCUGGUCGCUCUAGAGGAUUUGGGUUUGUUACCUUCUCUGAUCCAGCAAAUGUAUCUCUAGUGCUUCAGAAUGGACCACAUCAGUUGGAUGGCAGAACAAUUGAUCCUAAACCAUGCAAUCCUCGCAGCCUGCAGAAACCAAAGCGAAGCAACAGCUUCCCCAAGGUAUUCCUUGGUGGUCUACCUUCCAAUGUUACAGAAACUGAUCUCAGGAUGUAUUUCUCGAGGUUUGGAAAGGUGAUGGAAGUGGUCAUUAUGUAUGACCAAGAGAAGAAAAAGUCAAGAGGAUUCGGGUUUUUGUCCUUCGAGGACGAUGAAGCAGUGGAACGAUGCGUAGCGGAGCAUUUCGUCAACCUGAACGGCAAACAGGUUGAGAUCAAGAAGGCAGAACCUAGAGACGCAGGAAAGAUGAGUGAUGGACCACCAAACCAGUGGGGUCCACCACAAGGUCCACCAAUGGGAAUGGGAGGAGGAAUGGGCAUGGGUGGCCCAAAUGGGCAGAUGGGUGGUCCCAUGGGAGGGCCAAUGGGUCCAAUGGGUCCUCCAGGAAACAUGAUGCAGGGAUAUCAAGGUUGGGGAACUCCACAGCAGACUCAGUAUCCAGGACAUUGGGGGCCUUCCCCCUCGAAUCAGCUGCCUGUUAAUGGAUAUGGUGCGCCAUCAGGCCCUGGUGGUUAUCAAGGUUGGGGUGCGCCACCUGGUCCACAGGGUCAGCAAAUGCCUCCCCCUCAGUGGGGCUCAAAUUAUGGUGGUCCACCAGCACAGCAGGGAUAUGGCUCAUACGGUUACGGUGUUGCUGGUCCACCUCAGGGAGGCCCUCAGUCGGGUUAUGGAGGUAACUGGAACUGGAAUAUGCCUCAGAAUGGCCCACCAGCAACAGGUGGGCCACCUGGCCCAACUCCAGGUCCACCUGGUCCUCAGGCUGGAGCAACACCAGGUCCUGGGCCAGCUGCACCAGGGGCAGCAACUGCACAGAAAGGAGCGGGGGACUAUACUGGUUAUGGUAGUUACGGCAGUUAUCCUGAUACAUCAACUUAUGGAGGAGCGAGGACAUAUGGUGCUGAUGGAACAACUGCAGCAGCAGGAGCGUACUCCGCCCACCCCCCUGUUCCAGGGCAGGGAGAUGGCAGUACUGCUGGGAGCUACACUGGUGGACCAGGACCACAGAGAGGAGGCAACUACAGCCAGCCCAACCAGGCGCAGAGCUUCCAUCCGUACAGGCGCAUGUAACAAUUUCAUUUGCUGACAAGACAACACUCCAGGUUGUAGCACAUUAUUGGACUGUAUGGUGAAAACCUCUCAUUCAGAUUGGUUUAUUUCUGUGGGACACCUUUAGUACUGGACUGUAUGGUUUACAGCACACAAUUCUAGGAAUAGGAUAAAAUCCACAGCUGACUGUUCAGUGUUGUUAGCAGCAGAGCUAAUAUAUAGAUAUGUAUUCCUUCAUUUUGUUUCCAUUUCAGAUAUUCAUAUUUGAUAUUUGAGAAAUAAUAAUUGUUUGUUCUGCCUGCUGUUUAAUUUUUAUAGUUAAUGGAAAUGGAUGUUAUCACUCAUCUCGCAAUUUUCAGUGUGAUUGUAGUUGGUACUUGUUAGAUGUGUCAGCAGAAGUUUUAUUUUGUUUGUCAUUUGAAUGUAGGAACUAUGAAUGUUUCCUUGUAAGAAUGAGUUGAUUAAAUCAAAAAUUGGAAAAUAAUUAAAGACUGUCGAUCAUUAAUGAUUGAUGUAACAAAUAACAGUUUUAAUAUUCUAGAUCUUCUGAAAGGGUUAUUCAUUGUCAUCCUAAAGUUGGAUGAGAAGCUGUAACAGUUUGUCCAAUAUUCAUUAUAUAUUUUUAAGAUACACAUCUUGCACAUAACGUAUUAUUUGCAGUACUGUCACCCUUGUAUGACACGUUAAUCAAAAUAAGUUUUGAUUCAGCAGUAACUUCCACAGUUUUUAAGUUGUAUUCUGCAUUACCAUAAUCACAUUCAUUCACUGCUGUACCCUUACUUAUUUUGAUGUAAUUUUAAGAACUGCCUGCCAAAAUUACAGAUUACAUGGAUUUAAAAUUUCAUUACUGUGUGGUAUUUUAUGGGUGAUGAAGUAAUGUGAGAAGUUAAGAUAACAUGGAAUGUAUGGGAAAUGUUGUUCAUAAAUAAGCUUUCAUUUUCAUACGUGAUAUCAAAGAAUAAGCACAUUUAUACAAAACAAAUUUUGAGUAUAUAUUUGAAUGUAAUAAAUUUGAGAGUACA